AUGCCGUCGCGUUUUACAACACCGGUGUUAACGGUGGACGCUGAUAAUAUCCACAAGGUGGACACCGCAAAUGCACAGAGUCUGCAUGGCAUGUGGAUGGUCUUCUCAAAAUGUGCCGACUACAUGGAUCAGGGCCGUCGACUCGAAAACCUCAGCUGGCGCCUAUGGACUCGCGAAACCUUCUGCGUCGAACCCGAGAAAUCCAGCGAUACCUCCGUGCUCCCACUCCUUCGCUCGGAAGCCGGGGAGCCUCCGGAGCUCUCCGCUAGUGUCGAGUCGGCCGCAUCCGAUCAAGCAGAGCGGAUAGAGGCUCACAUCAAACGACCCAAAUGCCAGGACUAUCGGCCAGCGGUCGUUCGUGAUGACUCGAUGGCCAGCCUAGGCCGGGGCAAGGAGAAGCAUAUCACUUCCCUAGAUCUGGAGCGCAUGGUUCUCAACAUCAAAGAACGCAAGUGCCUAGAACCUCUGACCACCGUGGUCAGCCCUACCGCGCCCGUGGUCGACAUCACCCCACGCCCGUCGACUUCUACUCCCACUCCUCCCUCCGCUGUCUCGACAGCCAAGCAGGUUAUAUUCCCUCCACGACCGACCCAAAAACCCCACGACUCGACGGAGUCAUGCUCGACCACUGCCCCGGAAGGCAACGACGACAGCGAUUCGACGCAAGUUACCGCGUCCGACACUAGUGUUUCGUCUUCGGGAGUUCUUCCCUGUCCCGGUCUGAUGAAAUCCCCCAGCGUUGUUCGUGGCUUCUCACCUUCCCACAUCUCGUCGUCCUUUCGAUCGCAGGCCAAGCUAUCCGCCGACCCUAGCCCCUCUCAAUCCACCACGCAAUUAAAGCCAUCACCACUCAAGAAAAAGGGCGGAAUGUUCACACUAGGUGGUUCGUCCGGUGACGAUGACGAGAGCUCUUUUGAAGAUCGCAUGGUUGCUUCGGAAAACCCUGUCGCUGAUUCACCCGCGGUGGGUAGCAAACCCAGCCCAGCCAAGAAGAUGGCCUCGUUUAGCGACCAUGUCACAUCACGAACUAUACGACAUCCCAAGAGCCCGAGCCGCUUGGACGAGGAUGCCAUCGAGACCGACGACGAUGUUUCGGAGAGUGCCAUCGAGGAUGACGAAGACUCGGAUUGGGAAGAUUCAGUGACGGAGAGCGGACGGUCCAGCGUGGAUGAGCGAGAGCGACCAGAAAUGUUCCAGCGGGUGGAUUCCCGACCUAAUUUGGUAUCGCGGCGCUCGCUGCUUACAAUGAUGAUGCACCAACCGGGACGGAUGCAAAACAACGCUUUCCGAUCUAGUCCCGCGCUACAGCGCUCGCGCCUGACAUCACCUAAUGGCCCAUCUAUUCCGGCCUCUCCACCAGAGAACGACGAAGAGAACUUGACUAUGCGCGGCCCCGACGUUCCUCGAUCUAAACCCAUCGUCAUGAAACCGCCAACGACGCAAUCUCUCGCGCAUUCUCCACGCACCACUCGACGCAAUAUGCUUGCAACCGAGCUGACAGAGUCUCUUCGCAAACACCUCUUGUGGGAGCGCCAACAAAAGAGCGCAACCGCCAAUGCUUUCAAACGCCGACACACCGCCCACGACAUGAAGAACCUCCAGGAGUACCCAGACCCUCGGAGAGCUCAAGUCGAAGCCUCAGCUAAUAUCGGGCCGAAUGCCAAUCCGGGCGGCCAGCCCAAGGACAAAGACCUGGCUAAAAAUGGCUCUUGGACAAAUUACACGACUGAUUUCGGGCCUUGGGAGUACCAUGUCAAGGGGUGGUGA